CUUGCUCAGAUGUGGAAGAUGACAGAGAGCUGAGCCAUGUCACCCUGUCUGCAUGAAAGGUUAUCUCUUAGCAAGGAGAUGGUAAAGGUCAGGUUGCCAACUGCCUCCCUCUGCUCAAAAGAUAACCCAGGUCAGCCGCUGGGGCUGAGAGCCAGUCUGUAUAAAUAGGGGAUCCGAGGUGGUGCAGACAGAGCCACCUGGGUCGCAGGCAUCUCAGCUGAUUAUGGCGAUGCGCGGGCUGCUGCUGCUGGCUUCCUGGGCUCUCCUCGGGGCUCUGGGGCUGCAGGCCGAGGCAAGGCCGGCGCCCUAUGGGGUGAAGCUCUGCGGAAGGGAGUUCAUCCGAGCGGUCAUCUUUACUUGCGGGGGCUCGCGAUGGCGCCGGGCAGACAUCUUGGCCCAAGACUCUCUGGGGGACUUCUUCGCUGAUGGAGAAGCCAAUACAGAUCACCUGGCCAGCCAACUGGAUGAAGCUGUGGGCUCCAGCGAGUGGCUGGCCCUGACCAAAUCCCCUCAGGCUUUCUUUGGUGGUCGAUCCAGCUGGCAAGGGUCUCCUGGAGUGGUUCGGGGCAGCAGAGAUGUGCUGGCUGGCCUUUCCAGCAGCUGUUGCGAGUGGGGCUGUAGCAAGAGCCAAAUUAGCAGCUUGUGCUAGGAUCUGGAUUGAGCGAUGGGGAGGCGGGGCCGUGCCUGCAACCUGCUGUCAGCUGCGCGAUGUUCUGGAGCAUUCCUACGGGCAAGGCACCAAGGGCUCCACUGUCUCCUUACAGACCCUCUGCCGAGACUACGUGCCAACCUUUCUCCACCUUGCUGCCGUCACACCUCUAUCAGAAACUUGUUUUUCAUGGCUGAGUUCUUCCCCGCCCCAACCUCAUCCCUAGCAGCCCGGCAGCAACCAGAUCUUCCCCAUCUUCCCAAAUUGGCUACACUGAGCCGCGCUGUCCCCCCAGCCCCCGUCCUGUAUCCGGCCCUAAUUGCCACCACUGUCCCUGGCCAACCUGCCACCUGCUCCUCUCCCUUCAGUCCCCAAACCCGAGCACUCUGUUGCAGACCCCAGAACUGAGGGCUCCAGGUCCCCAGGACUCA